AUGGCUGAACAAGCGAAAAAAGAUGCUCCUCAUGAACCUUUCAUUUUGAAGCUUCCCCAUCCCUACCUCACCGCCUACGCAAUCACCAAUAUAGCUGCACGAGACCAACCCAUCAGCAACCAGAUCUCUCUCUCUGCAGCGGACACCACCGGCAAAGAGCAAACUCAGGGUACGCUACUGCACAGCGACAGAGUAUCCUUCAGCGAUAUUGCUUUCUUGGCUCAGGACGUAGUGCCGCCGAACGGAGACAACAGCUCAUGGGCGCGCACACGAAGAUCACCUUACUUGACCGUUUCCUGGACUGGCGACCGACCAACCGUCCCGCAGCUGUGGCUCAUCGCCUACGGGUUAGUUUCUCUGCAUCCCCUAGUCGAGACCUUCCGAGUCCUGUUUUCUGGCAAAGAUUCAGAGUCGCUAGCCCAAGACCUCUACGCCACAGGUCUGUUUCAAUCUCACCCAAAGGCUUCCAGUGCGUCAGCACCUCAUGAUGGACACCUGCUCCUGCGAGGCACCUUUUGGCAGGGCGCUGCGUCCCCGUUCGGUCCUCGCCCGGUUUGGGCACCGCACCUUGAUGCUUCAGGCAAGCCAAUCACUAGGCGCUAUCCUCCGUUUCCAUUCCAGAAUGCACCAUCUACCCAGUUCCCGGCACUACCACGGCACACUAUGCAUCCUGUCCGGGAACCGAAACCUGAACCGGGUUCAGUCAUCUACAGCCGAUGGAUACCGCAUCUAAAGGAGCAUUUUACUAUGGUCGCUCUCGAUUACACCAACCCGGAUCAUCUCAAUCUCUUCCACAACUGGCAGAAUGACCCGCGUGUCGCUGCAGGGUGGAAUGAGACCGGGACACUGGAUGAGCAUCGCGAGUAUCUCCGAAAGCUGCAUGAGGACCCCCACGUGUUAACCAUGUUUGCCGCGUUUGACGACCUCUUCUUUGCAUAUUUCGAGGUUUAUUGGGCUAUGGAGGAUCACAUGGGUGCUCACUUCCAGUCGUCACUAUACGACCGCGGUAGGCACUCGCUCGUCGGCGACAUUAGAUUUAGGGGUCCUUACCGUGUCUCUGCAUGGUGGUCAGGACUCAUGCAUUACAUGUUCCUCGACGAGCCCCGUACUUGGAACCUCGUUGGUGAACCAUCAGUAACUAGCGGCACAGUCCUAGCAUACGACUUUGCACAUGGCUUCCACGUUGAAAAGCUGAUGGAUUUGCCGCAUAAACGAAGUGCCCUCAUGAUGGUUAAUAGGGAGAAGUUUUUCACAUUGAGCCCGUUUGUAUGGGAUGGGGAGAAGAAGGUACGACCGAGUUUAGACGCGCUCGCGAAGUUGUAA